GAGAGGCCACGCCGUGUUUCGCUAUUUGUUUUUUUUUUUUCGUGGGCUCGUGGCUGCUCCCCCAGUUUUGUUCAGGUUGAGUGGCAACAGAGGCCAUGACGAAAUUCGAGCGGGCUUUGGGUCUAGUGAGAUACCCGGAAGUGUGCAAUGAUCGGAGUGAAGACGCUCGUAUUUAUUGAGUGUAAUUCUCUCACCUGGGAGAAAGGGAUGUUUCCUCGUUUUAUCGGAGUUUUAUCGCGUUUGUGAAGUGCGAAGCAAAACACACUUAGAGCUUUCCAGCGCUGCAAGCAGAUGUUUAAAACCAUGAUAUCCGGUAGAGAUGGUUCACAGGACAAACGAAAAUGAUCCUCAGAUGUCGGACACCUGGGGUCGGAAACUGGGCUCCGAAGAAAUGGUGACGCUCACCAAGGCGCAGCUGCAGGCGCUGUUGAAUGCCUUGGGGGACCAUGAUCCUGCAUCCAUUGGAAAUCACAUAAAAAUUAAUGACCUACCCAGACGAGAGAGUAAAAUUGCACCAUCCGAAGAUGAAAACCUGCCAAACUGGGUUCGCCGCAACAGCAUGGCAUGCCCUCCGAGCCCAGGAUCUGUGGUGACCAGCGAUGCUUCACAGUUGGAAGACAUGCAGAGGAGUCGUCUGUCCUCCUCCCACCCGGAGUUGGCUCCCAACUCGAGGCCGUUCUCAAAAGUGGCGCAGAAGCAGUUGCAGUGGCAGCGAGAGAGAGCCGAGAUGCAAGAUUGGUACCCCUGGGGAAGACCCGGUGCCGGCGCUCCUCGACGCCAACCAGUUGCUGCUGUGCCACCUCGCACUGAAACUCAGGUGUUGCGAGUCGAAGGAACGGGCACUUUUUCCGCGGGUGUCUAUUCCGUGCCGACAACCACGCCACCACCCAUUACUCAACCUCUCCUUCCGACCAACCAGAGUCCCGCGUUUGUCCGCCGCGUACCGCCUGCCCUUAGGAGCUCGGUUCCGUUUGGGCCAGCAUCAGAUCUUCAUGAAGACGAAAAAGAUAAAGUGAAGCGUCGCUGGCUGCAGGAUCUUGAACGACAGCGAGAGGAGCAACAGCGAAGGCGAAUGCUAGAACAACAGAGGUCUUCGAUAAGCAACGCUUCCUGGUGGGGGGACAACGAGUCAACGGUUGGCUCAACGGAUACGGCGGCACACAGAGGAGACUCUGACAGUGCAACUUUCGCUUGUGGACCAGGCACGGUCUGCUUAGACGAACGUCGUCAGAAGGCACUCGAGUACCAGAGGGCCAUCCAGGCCCAAGUGGAGGAGAAGAAACGAAGGAAGAACGAAGAACGUGAGAUGAGGUUGAGGGAAGAACGCGAGGAAGAGUUGAGACUGGAAGAGGAACGACGUCAACUGGCACAGCAGUACGAGCUGGAACAGAAGAGGCAGAGAGAAAAGGCAGAGCAAGAAGAAAAGAAGCGUCAGAUGCUGAUAGCCAAAGUGCAGGAAGCACAAGCAGAAGCUGAGGCAAUGCGCAAGGCUCGCAGGGGGCAACGUCUUCAACAACAGGUGGCAGUCACGCAGGCCUCUGGAUCAUCUGCUCCUGCUGGUGGAACGGGUCUGAUUGCGGAGGAUUCUGGGAUUGCCAGUAGCAGUGGGUCGUUGAAGACUCCCCCUUCGACGACUCAAGUCACGACUGCCACCGUGCACCCGAUGCAGAACAGCUGCCGAGCCUCGUCUUCCUCCUCGCAGCUUCCUACUUCCAACUGUAUCUCUCCCUCCCAAAGGGACACUUGCAGCCAGACCGAAAGGGGCCUGUCCUCAGACGUGGACUCCCGUCUGCAAUCUCCUCGGGAGAGAUUUCCAAAGUUUGAGCCAUACAUCGAAAACAGGGUCCUGACUCCAACGAAGCUCCGGAUUGUGCAGAGGUCCCGCAGACACCUCACGGCACGACCACCAGGUCGAGAAUUUGGCACACAGACGGACAUCUCGCUUCCCUCUGGAUGGGGAGCUGGGGUUGAAAACCCUUCUACCAGUACCGCAAGCUCGGCGCAGAGCACGACACCCCAGCAGAAGACACACAGGGUGCAGCACAGUCGUCCCACUCGGGUGGUACGCAACCCCGAACCCGCCGACCGCCCCCAGUGGGGUGCCAACAACCCUGACAGGGUGUUUGUGAAGAUGACGGACCGUGACCCGAAUUACCACCGGCGCAAGAAGCUGCAGGAGAUGCGCAAGCAACACUGGGAGCGAGAAAUGGCCUCCAGGCGGCCCCUUCGCAAUGCAGGGCGACAGACGCCCAGCUCUUCCUGCGUCGCUCAUCACGAUCACAGUUCGAGAGGAACCUCUGGCGAGCAAGGGAGGGGAAGAAGCAGUAGUCACUCCCCUUCACGGUCAUUUCCAUCUUCGCACACUCAGCGUACGCUCAGCAGCGAACGGUUGCACAGCAUGGAAGAUUCUGCAGAAGAAGAUGAUGAUGAUCCCAAUCGAACUGUGGUGCUCCGGCGUGCCCCGUCGCCUCCCGUUCCCGCAUUGAGGAAGCAGCUGGUGAUGCAAGGCGACGAGUCCCUUCUUGCGCCUCCAUCUGGGAACUCGUCGUGGGCUCUCCCGAGAACGCCGUCACACUCCGAGAACGAAGCAAAGUCUCCGCCUGCCCGCAAACGUUGGCAGAACCAGAAAGUGUACGUGCCACUGUCUUCCUCCUCUCCGCCACUCUCCUCACGAAAUGGCGACCACGUUGUCAUCAUCGAAAAACGAGGCCGUUCGGCUCGACGGGGAUCGGCAGGGAGGCAUCGGUCAGUGAGCGUCCACGGUUGUCGGCCCACAAAUCCGUCUCCCUAUUCGCCGCUGGAGUCUCCGCACGUGAGAUCCUCGUCUCAGGACCCCCUCGUGCAUCCUGAGGUUAUCACCGGCCGUCCCACUCCGCGACAGGACAAGAUACUGCAACAGCUUUCAUCUCUAAGACAGGGUUUACUUCUGAAGCAACGCGAAAUGGAGAACAUACUACGUAAAUCCAAGACUUAAGGCUGGGCCAUUAUGUUUGGCUGCAUGAUACUCAUUAUUUAAAUCUGUUUAAGUAAGUUAAUACAUCUAUCGAUGUUUCAUUGUUUUUCUGUGUUUUGUCGCACUUGCCUGUUAGGCAUGUAGAUAUUUACGUAUGUUACUCCGUCCAAGUUUGUCCAAGUAUUUGUACGUGAGAUUGUUGAUUAUUCUUGUUUGAGUAUAUUGUUAAUGAAUGAAUGAAAAAGAACGGAAUAUUGUUCGCAGCUUGGCAUAGCUGUGCGUCUGUAAAAGCGUACUUGUUACGAGUGUUACCCGAAUUUCUCAUACAUUGUUGCUGUUUGUUUUGUUGGUAAAACUAUGGGUGCAGUGGCAGAAGGACUCAGGACUCUGACUGAGAUAUAUAAUAAACUUAAUCAUGGACUAAUCGCUAGCAAAAUUGUGAGCGUUCAUUCUAUGAUCUCAUUUGCUGCAAUAUGCUAAUGCAUAACCAGCUGCAUGAACAUUGCUGAAUGAAACACCCGUAUUCAUAAUUACAGUGCUUGAUAAAAUUGCAUAUUCAUAUAGCAUAUGUUAGUUUUAUACGUACCGUCACGUUUCUGACACUGUGACAGGAUGCUGUAGCAUAUCGUAACUUAUUGAAAAAAUAAUCGCUUCUCCUGUGCUUAGUGUACCUGAUUCACAUUAAAGGGUUUGUGACACAUGCGAUUCAUUACAUCAUGAAUAGGGUUCUGCGUUUUCGGGUGUAACCAGAAAAAAUCUACGCCGGUAAAUUUUUCCACCGUUCGGCUUUAACCGAAAAACACUGAAUACAAAUUCAAAUGUCUGAGGAAAGAUUAGGGGAUUAAUCGCCACACACGUUAGCGUGAUGUCUGAUGUCACACAGCGAUGUCUUACAUUGGCUGAUUUUGCAUGCUGCGCUGAGACGCGCAGUUUUGAAAUUACGUCGCCAUUUCCAUUCACCGAUAACUGCAGGGUAAACCAUGUACUACAUGGCAGAAAAACCUCCGAUGAACGCCGAUAUCGUGAAAAUCAAUAAACAUAGAAAAACAUGUGUCGAAUCCGUCCUAAAAUACAAACCGAAAGUGCAGAAUCGUAAUCGCAAAGCGAAAAGAAAAGAAAGAAUAUAAUUGUUUGUCUUACACAUAUGUGUUCGGAAUAUUUUGGGUCAAGGUGUUGCAACCCCUUUAAAUGUAUUUCGCUGAAGCAAAAAUGUUAAGGAACUUCGCACUGUUAGUAUAGUGCACAAGAUCUGUAGCAGAAGCUUUCAUUUGAUAAAACUUUUGCAGCAUUUUCGAAUAAAAUGCUUUAUCAGCA